AUGCCAUCAUUUAUUUACAAUAUUUCAUCUAACUCAUCAUCUUCAAAUAAAUUUGAGAUUGAAUUUACACGAUAUAUAAUAAGUCUUAAUUAUACUCUUUCAUUUGUUCAAGCAUUUAUUAUUUUAUUUGGUGUACUUGGAAAUCUUCUUGCAUUAAUUGUUAUUAAUAGAAGAUCUUUAAAAAAUACAUCAUCUGCUGUAUAUAUAACUUAUAUGGCAAUAUUUGACAGUUGUGUCCUUUUUUUACAUGGUGCUAAUUUAAGAAUAACGAGUCGAAGUGCUUUUAUUAAUUGUUCAUUAACUUAUUUUACGGAUUUAACAAUAUUUUGCGCUAAUUGGAUUCUUGUUCUUAUAACAUUAGAACGUUGUGUGGCUGUUUAUUCACCAUUUCUUGCCAAACGUCUUUGUACUGUAAAUUCAGCUCGUCACACAAUAUAUAUCUUCUUAACAAUUUCAGUCAUAAUUUUUUCUGUGAAAUUUCCAUUUGUUUAUGAUUUAAAACAUGCUUUUGUAAAGAAAAAAUGUCAUGUACAUUCAAAUUCUGGAUUAAUUCUUCGUAUAUAUCAACCAAUAUUAUUUUAUGCGAUACCAGAUUUACUUCUUCUAUCAAAUUUAUUUACUGUUUAUGCAUUAUGUCGACGAACAAAACAACUUGCAUCAGCUUUUUUAAAAGAUGAUGGAAAAUCAGAUAUGCGUAUAAAUGAUAUUAAUUCAAGUCGUAAACAACGACAAUUAACAAUUAUGCUUGUUACAGUUAGUUUGUCAUUUUAUUUAUUUACAACACCAGGAACAAUUAUAUUUAUAAGUGAAUAUAAUCCAGUACGACAUAAUGAUUUAAGUAAAACAAAACGAAAUUUUUUUAUCUCCCAAAUAUCUGUUAUAUUAUUACAAUUAAAUAAUGCAACAAAUUUUAUAUUUUAUUGUCUUGCCGGUGAACGUUUUCGUCAAGCAACAAUACAAACAUUUUAUGAGUACUCAGAACGUUUGGACGUUUUUUAUCAUCGAUAUAUUUUAUGCAAUAAACAAUAUCAUCCUGUAUCUGCGUAUCGAUAUCGUCUAAGUAAUUUUGGAGCAACAACAAUCUCCCGUGGAUCAUUUUCUCCACAUGCUACUCGAUCACCAUUUAGAACAUCUACUAUAUGA